AAUUGAUUUUUCUUUUUGUCAACAUCAAACAGUAACAACUCCCAAGCUUAUUUUGCCAUUUAUGUCGACCUUUCCAUUAUUUAAUUGUAUAUGUUGUUUAUGGUUUUAGUCACAUCUUAAAGCCUUCAUUAUGGUUCUAAAUUCCCAAUUGGGGGUAAUUAAAACAAUUUUAUCAAGUCAGCAAUUGAAAUCUUGAAUCUUUCUAUAUUCAUUUGAUUCAUUGGUUCUUUUUUUUUUUUUUUUUUUUUUUUUUUUUUGUGUUGGUUUUUCAUGUUGUGUUCAACAAGUAUUUGUAUAAGUUGUAGCUGAAGAAAUUAUAGCUCAAAGAGAUAUGGAAGAAGCUGAAGCAGGGAUGUUGCAAGCUAACAAAGAACCACUUUGUUCAUAUUCAACAAAUGAAAAUUCUGCUGAAAUCAAGAAGAUUAAAUCAGCUCUAGCAUGGGUUUUUCUUGAUCAAUCAAAUAUAUGGAGAGCUGGUCUUUCUUGGUCAUUUUUUUUCCUUCUAACAAUUGCUAUACCAUUAGUAUCACACUUUGUGUUCGCCUGUUUCACUUGUGAUUCUAUGCAUCAAAGGCCUUUUGAUGCUCUUGUUCAAGUGUCUUUAUCACUUUUUGCAACCUUAUCAUUUCUCAGUCUUUCUACCUUUGCUAGAAAAUAUGGGAUUAGAAAGUUCUUGUUUCUUGAUAAAUUGUAUGAAAAUAGUGAAAAGGUUCAACGACGAUACACUCAACAGCUUCAUAGGUCGAUGAAGAUCCUAUCAGCUUUUGUUCUCCCUUCUUUUAUUGCUGAGAGUAUUUACAAGAUAUGGUGGUUUGCCUCAGGGGGAACUCAAAUUCCUUACUUGUACAAUGCUGCUUUGAGCAAUAUCUUCGUAUGCAUAUUGUUAAUAAGCUCCUGGCUCUACCGGAUAUCAAUUUCCUUCCUUGUAUGUGUCCUAUUCCGGUUAAUAUGCUCCCUGCAGAUCCUUAGACUGGAAGAGUUUGCUCAAGUUUUCGAGAAAGAAUCUGAUGUCUCAUCGAUCAUGAUGGAACAUCUCAGAAUCAGAAGAACUCUUCGCAUCAUUAGCCAUCGAUUCAGAGUUUUCAUUUUGUCAACUCUCAUACUAGUUACCAUAAGUCAGUUUCUUGCCCUGCUUCUUACAACUGAGCCUAGCUCCACUUUGAACAUCUUUACAGCGGGUGAACUUGCGUUGAGCUCAGUUACUCUGGUAACUGGACUUUUCAUGUGCUUACGUAGUGCAGCAAAGAUCACACACAAAGCACAAGCCGUAACAUCUCUUGCUGCCAAAUGGCAUGCUUGUGCGACAAUCAGCACCUUCGAUGACAUGAACGAUGAGACUCCCACGGCUCAGAUUGCGACACCUCAGGCGGUAUACCCUAUCAAUUCCAGCAGCGAUGAGGAAGGAGACGGAGAUGAUGAGUUGGACAACACAAAUAUGUUUCCGAUUCAUGCCAGUACGAUAUCUUACCAAAAGAGACAAGCACUAGUGUCAUACUUCGAGCACAACAAAGCUGGAAUCACGGUGUAUGGCUUCAUGUUAGAUCGGACAUGGCUUCAUACGAUUGUUGCAAUUCAGCUGUCUCUUACACUCUGGAUACUCAAUAAGACAAUUGGUAUCUCGUAAAUCUCAGUCAACAGCAAGGUCUGUGUGUUCGAAAAUGUACAAAAAUCUGUGCUAUUGAUACGUAGAGAAACUACUAUAUAUAUAUAUAUAUAUAUAAAUAUUUAUUUAUUUAUAUCCUUGAUGCCCAAAUUUUGUAGGUUUUCUUCCUACUUAUUGUAUUCACUGUUGAUAAUGGUGUCGUAAAGAUGCCUUUCCUGGUACUUUUUCGGUCCCGGAUUGUCAAGUGUACUAUUUGUCUGUAUCAAUUUUAUAAAAUGAAGUGAAAUUUUGUGCU